AUGAAACUCAUGACAUCGAAAAUACCUUCUCGCAAACACAGCACCAUCAAUACACGGUUCAACCUGUAUGGCAGACCUACACCGCACUCCCUUAUGGGAACCGUCAAUGCAUAUGAGAUGCAGGAAAUGGAAUGGGGUAUCAAGGCAUCAAUAAAGUCCUAUGAGUACGACAAAGACGUGUGGAUGGGGUCUGCUAUGGAUCUUGAUCUCGACCUGCCUAUCAGUGCAGGGAAUGGAACAUAUGGCUGUGUAGAUAGCACAAGGUCAAAUAAUGAGGUUAGUAACUCCUCACCGCCUGUCAACACUGCAACUUACUGUAAAGUAAAGGAGAUUGGACCCCUGGCCAUCAUUCUGAUGAUCAACUGUGUAUUACUCAGAGGCCUCAUUGCUUAUGCAUGUGCUUACUGA